AUGUCCGAAUAUACUUUGACAGCUCUUCAACUGGCAAGCGCGUAUGGACAUGAUCUCACCGUCCGCUUGCUGCUAGACAACGGGGCUAACCCAAAGCUUGCGAGUGACAAGACAGAGUCUCCCCUGUGCCUAGCCCUCUUCCGCCAACACGUGAGCGUCAUCCGAACCCUCCUCAAGACCGAAGUACUGGACAUUGAAAUCCAGUACUUUCUGCACACAGCAGUCCAGGUAGAUGACACAGACAUAGUGAAGCUGCUCCUCGAAAUUGGCGGAUUCGUCGCCGUCGAGCAGUCCUUGUUCUACGCCUUGCUUACUAUCACUAGUGACAGUGAUAUUAAAGAUAAGAUAAUACCAUCUCUUCUUAAGCAAGGAGUACCACACAACUGA